AUGCGUGGCCUCAUAGAGCUCGGGCUGGGCGACACGGGCUGUGGAGCGCGCGACAUCAUCGACACCGAGGUGCGCUGCAUAUGUCGGCGCUGGCCCGAGGUCCUCGCCCACAACAGCGUGGUGCGGCGCUCCCACGGCCGCUACCGCAUCAACGGCCGGGACGUGCUGGUGCGGGUCGUGACCGCGGAAGGCCCUCGCGAGGACGACGACGUCGCCUCGACGGGCGGCGGCGAGGGCGAGAAGGCCGGGCCGCCCAGCGAGGACGAGAACAGUAGCACGAGGGCCUCCUCGGAAGGCAGCGCCGCCACUUCGCCGCUCGAGGAGGCCGAGGACUGCCUGGGCGUCCGCGCGGACAGCGUCCUGGUCCGCGACGGGCCCCUGACGCAGCCGUUUCUGGACUACGUCUUCGACACGGGCAAGAGGGAGCAUUACGACCUCAUGGACUCUGAGAAGGAGUUCCAGCACAGGGGGCUCCAGAGGCUCCCCGCCGACGUGGAGCUCGAGCUCGCCGAGCUGCCCUACGAUCCGGAGGACCGCUCGGCGGCGAUGAGCGCCGCACGCGUCGAGGUGCUGAUGCGGCAGACCCGCAGGAUCAGCCUGGGCUCGGGCGCCGUGCCGCCGGCGGACGAGGCUGCACAGCAGGGACCCCUCGUCGACGACCGCGUGCUCCCCGAGCGCGCAGCGAUCCCAGAGAGCGCCCUGCCGCGGCGCGGCAGCGGCAGCGGGGUCGUGACCAGCCGGGGCAUGAUGGCGCUGCUGGCGCAGCGGCGCGCGCGCGAGCUGCAGGACCGCGAGGAGCGGCUGGCCCAGGAGCUGCUGCGAGCGCGGGGGCAGCGGGAGGUGCCGCUGGUCAGCGCCUGCGACCUGCCCGGCGUUGCGGCGCUCUCGGCCGCGGAGCCGGCUGCGCCCAGGGCUCCCCUGUUGUUGGCGAUCCCGCCGCCCGCCGCGAACGCGGCGAGGCGGCGGCGGCGGCGGCUGUUCGGGGAGGUCAUCCUGCCGGGCACGCCAGGAUUGCCGCCUUUUGAGCCCGAGGGCACGGACGAGGCUGGCGCGGCAGAGGCCGCCGAGCUCGUGCCGUGCUGCGAGCUGUCGGCGCCGCUGGACGCGCACUCCCCUGGCCGCGGGGUCAGCCGCUGGCGCAAGAUGCCGGGGCUGCCAGUCGACUUGCCCGCGUCGCUGCGAGAGGACGGGUUGAUCUGCGUGGAGAGCCAGCAGUUGAUGCUGUAA